CUGAUCGAUGUUAUCUGCCGCAAAGCGAAAACAAAAAUCCAACACGUGCACAAAAAAUGGAAGUGGAUGAGGUUCAGCGGGAAACGGCGCCGGAGACGCCAAUUGUUGCCAAUCCCAAUGCAAACAUCAUCACAGAACGCAAUGCACAAAUUAUAUCCGGUGGCAAUGUGUUCUACAAUCCCGUGCAGGAAUUCAAUCGCGAUUUGAGCAUCGCUGUGAUCAAUGUUUAUUUCCAGCAAUUGGUCAAAGAGCGCGCUGAGAAGGCGCUGAAGCAACUGCAGCGACAGCAGAAGCAACAAAAUGCGGAAACACCACUGUCUACUCCUCCACCCAUUCCCAGCUAUGUGGCCGGCACACAGUACGAGGAUGGCUUGCGGAUUCUCGAGGCACUGGCAGCCACUGGACUGAGAAGCAUUCGCUAUGCCCAGGAAAUAGCUGGCGUGCGUCAAAUCAUAGCCAAUGACUUAUCGAGACAGGCCGUGGAAUCCAUCAACACGAAUAUGGAACACAAUAAGGUGGCGCAUCUGAUAGAGAGCAGUCAUGCGGAUGCCAUGACACUGAUGUAUCUCUCGACUGCGCCACAAAAGCGUUUCGAUGUCGUCGAUCUGGAUCCGUACGGUUGCCCCAAUCGUUUCCUUGACGGCGCACUGCAAUGCCUAACCGAUGGUGGCCUGCUGCUCGUCACAGCCACCGAUAUGGCUGUGCUCGCUGGGAAUGCACCCGAAUCCUGUUACGUUAAAUAUGGCUCAGUGCCGCUGAGGAUGAAGUGCUGUCAUGAGAUGGCGCUACGCAUUCUGCUGAACUGCAUCGCAACGCAUGCGAAUCGUCAUGGCAAAUACAUCGAACCACUGCUCAGCAUCUCGGCAGAUUUCUAUGUGCGCAUCUUCCUACGGGUCUACUCGGGUCAGGCUCAGUGCAAGCUGAGCAUGAGCAAGCAGUCGUGGUUAUAUCAGUGCACCGGCUGUGAAACGUUCACUUUACAGCCACUGGGCACAGUGCGCAGCAAGUCCGCCGAGCAGCCGCACUUGCUCAAGUUCGGCUUGCCCACUGGACCCGCUGUGAACAGUCGCUGUGAGCACUGCUCGCAUCGUCAUCAUCUGGGCGGACCCAUCUGGUCGGCGCCCAUCCACCAGACGAGCUUCGUUCAGCAGCUGCUGGAAGCGGUGCAAUCGUCGACGUCGCCACUCAAUGCGCUCGGCACUCAGCGUCGCAUUGUCGGUGUGCUCUCCAUGGUCCAGGAGGAGUUGCCCGAUGUCCCGCUCUACUACACCCCGGACAAGUUGUGUUGUGUGCUCAAGCUGGAAAUCGUGCCCAUGCUGAAGAUGCGUUCGGCUCUGCUCCACGCUGGCUAUCGUGUCUCCUACUCGCACGCCAACAAGAACUCGCUGAAAACAGAUGCGCCACCUGCUGUGCUCUGGGAUCUGUUGCGUUGCUGGAGCAAGCGGCAUCCGGUGCGUGAGAAUCGUCUUAUACCAGGCACGCCCCUGCAGGCGAUACUUUCGCAACCUUGCUCCAGGGAUUAUGAGUUUGAUGAGCUGCACGGGGAGGCGAAUCCGAGCAGUCGGAGGCAGGUCUUGUCACGCUUCCAGCAAAACCCGGCGCCACAUUGGGGUCCAGGCACGAGAGCCACAAUUAUGAUUGGUGAAAAUAAACUGCCCAAAAGUUAUCGUAAUCAAAACAAAAAGCAACAACGUCAUAAAGCGGCACAGCAGCCGGCGGCACAUGAGGAUGAUGUAGAUGAACUCCAAGCACGACAACUGAACGAGGACGAGGAGGAUCACCAGCUGGAGUUGGAGGAGCAGCUGCCCGCCAAGCAAGCCAAACUGGCGCCGACUGCGUGACCAGCAUUUAUUUUAUUGAUUUUCUU